AAUACAUUUGGCGUGACACCGCCAGUCUGCCUCAGCUUGGCGACAGCUAACAUGUGUUCGCCUAACUUUUAAGUCUUUACCCACCCUUUUUAUUUUUUUACCUCAGUAACAUUUUAAGGAGAAAAAGAAGCAAUGGGUUUCAUUCUGAGCUCCUUGGUGUUCGACGAGGAAACUACAGGUGGCCAUAUUGCCCACGACGAGCCUAUCGCGCUCUAUAUGAUCCACCGUCCCAAGAUGGCUGCCAGGUGCGGUGGCUAAACCUGGGGACAUCUGAAGCUGGUGCCGACCAUCAGGGCCGAGUUGCGACGAGAGAGUGUUAUUAAGCCGAGUUGGCCAGGUCCCUAAGUCUUGGAUGGCGAGCUGUAGAUAGGCCUUGAGCCCGAGCCCAAGGAUCUCCACCUCUCAACCCCUGAACUCCACCUGCUCUGGUCGGGCCGAAAUAUCCAUGUCAGAAGAAAGAACAAAACACUGGAUGUCUGCCACUGCAUCAUUUCGACAUCUGACCGCACCAGUCGACCACAAAACAGAGAGGCCAGGCAGGUUACUAUGGUAACGCCAGCAGAGGGUCCAUCCUUGGUGACAGCUCCAGCAGGGAAGUGGAGAUGGAUGUCCGUGCCUUCAAGAGGGUCCGUACCCCCCACCACUGUUGCCCACAACAACACGUCUGGUAGGUUUUAGCGUUGGCUCUGAGCCAGCUGAUGGACAGAUGUGCAGAUUCUUUCAUGACAUCUCCCAGCUGACCCGUGAGUGUCAGCUGACCCUCACCCUCAGUUCGACUGGCCUCCACGAACAUGAUCUCCCCGCCAAGAGGGGUCCAGGCGAGGCCCACAGCCACACCUGCUAGCUAGCUGCUAAGCUAGCGCGGAGAAAGGCAGCGCCGGUCAGUAGGAAGCUAAGCCCGUAGACCGCGACCACUUCCCUGAGGACAGCAGGAACUUCACUCGGUGACAGAAAACACUGUGAGUAAUGGCUUCCUGCGCGUCUUGCACCAUACUCACGGAGAGGUUGGCUCUGCUAGAGGGCCGUGUCCGCCAGUUAGAGCAGAGUAAUGUCGUAACUUUAGAUGUUGCGGACACAUCUGCUAGCGUUAGCUGUAGCGAGCUAACUAGCCCAGCUUGUAGCAGUCCUAAGCGGCCUACAAGCUACGGUGUACCGGUUGAGACGCAUAAUAGAUUUAGCUCUUUAGCUAGUCCUACACCCCAGUCUACCGGGCACCACACCUUAGUCAUAGGGGACUCCAUCACCCGAAACAUGAAGCUUAGCAAACCAGCCACAAUAAAGUGUAUCCCCGGGGCCAGAGCACCUGACAUUGAAGCUAAUCUUAGGGAGCUAACUCGCAACAGGCCUAGUAAACACGUACGACAGGCUAAUCGCACCACUAAUUAUGCGAAUAUAGUUGUACACGUUGGCUCCAAUGACACUAGAAUGAGACAGUCAGAGAUUACAAAAAGAAACAUAGCCAGGACUUGUGAUCUCGCCAGAAAGAUGUUCAGGCAUCGAGUAAUUGUCUCUGGCCCCCUGCCUGCGAGAGGCAAUGAUGAGAGAUAUAGCAGAUUAGUCUCACUUAACAAGUGGCUGGCUAUCUACUGUAGGCAGCAGGGACUAACGUUUAUUGAUAACUGGCCCUCUUUCUGGGGCAAACCAGGCUUGCUGAUGAGAGACGGCCUUCACCCUAACCAGGAAGGCGCCAUCAUCCUGUCUAGAAACAUAGAUUACUAUUUAAGUCUCACUUGACUGACUACACUAGAGCAAGCCCGGUCACAGGCAAUUACAAUGUCUGUUAGUCCGGGUGAGGAGUCAGUUAAGCUAGAACUAGCCAGCGCCAGGCUGGAUAAUCCAUGUACGCAUAGCAAUUCUCUUAGAAUAAUACACAAUUCACAUAAUGUUUUUUCUGUUGUGUCUGUGUCAGAGGUGGACAUGCAUUCUACUGAGGUGGCAAAUUAUGAUAUGUCCAGUCUAUUGCAGCACCAAGCAAACAAUCGGAAAAUUCCCGUCAUAUCAAUUCCUAGAUAUGGUCGAAACUAUUUAAAGUGCACUACGCAUAAUAAACGCAACAUUGUUAAUAUUGCCACUACGGAUAAUCUUAACAAAAACUCGUCAAAACAGCCCAAUACCAAUAAUAUGGGCUUUUUAAACAUAAGAUCAUUGUCUCCCAAGGCGUUAUUGGUUAAUGAGGUCAUUAGAGACAACAAUCUUAACGUCAUUGGUCUUAGCGAAACCUGGCUCAAACCGGACGAAUUUUUUGCGCUCAAUGAGGCAUCUCCUCCUAACUAUACGAAUGCGCAUGUUGCCCGUCCUCUUAAAAGGGGAGGGGGUGUCGCACUAAUAUACAAUGAAAUUUUCAACCUUACCCCUAACCUAAAUAAUAAAUAUAAAUCGUUUGAGGUGCUUACUAUGAGGUCUGUCACACCGCUACCUCUCGACCUGGCUGUUAUCUACCGCCCCCCUGGGCCCUAUUCGGACUUUAUCAGUGAAUUCUCAGAGUUCGUUGCUGAUCUAGUGACGCACGCCGACAAUAUAAUCAUAAUGGGGGACUUUAAUAUCCAUAUGAAUACCCCAUCGGACCCUCAGUGCGUGGCGCUCCAAACCAUAAUUGAUAGCUGUGGUCUUACACAAAUAAUACAUGAACCCACGCAUCGCAACGGUAAUACAAUAGAUCUAGUGCUUGUCAGGGGUGUCACCACCUCCAAAGUUAUGAUACUUCCAUAUACUAAAGUAAUGUCCGAUCAUUACCUUAUAAAAUUUGAAGUUUUGACUCUUUGUCAACAAGCUAAUAUUAAUAAUAACUGCUAUAGCGGCCGCAACAUUAAUGCUGCCACAACGAUGACUCUUGCUGACCUACUGCCUUCGGUAAUGGCACCAUUCCCAAAUUAUGUCGGCUCUAUUGAUAACCUCACUAACAACUUUGACGAUGCCUUGCGCGAAAUUAUUGAUAGUAUAGCACCGCUAAAGCAAAAAAGGGCCCCUAAAAGGCGCACCCCAUGGUUUACAGAAGAAAUUAGAGCUCAUAAAUUAUCAUGUAGAAAACUGGAACGCAAAUGGCGUGCGACUAAACUUGAGGUCUUCCAUCAAGCAUGGAGUGAUAGUUUAAUAACUUAUAAACCGCAUGCUUACCUUAGCUAAAGCUAAAUACUACUCAAAUCUCAUCCGCCUCAACAAAAACGAUCCUAAAUUUCUGUUUAGUACAGUAGCAUCGCUAACCCAACAAGGGACUCCUCCCAGUAGCUCCACCCACUCGGCAGAUGACUUUAUGAAUUUCUUUAAUAAGAAAAUUGAACUCAUUAGAAAGGAGAUUAAAGACAACGCAUCCCAGCUACAACUGGGUUCUAUUAACACAAAUACGAUUGUAUAUACGACGGACACUGCCCUCCAAAAUAGUCUCUCUAUUUUUGAUGAAAUAACAUUAGAGGAAUUAUUACAGCGUGUAAGUGGGAUAAAACAAACAACAUGUUUACUUGACCCACUUCCUGGGAAACUUAUCAAGGAACUGUUUGUAUUAUUAGGUCCAUCAGUGUUAAAUAUUAUAAACUUAUCACUUUCCUCCGGCACUGUUCCCCUAGCAUUCAAAAAAGCGGUUAUUCAUCCUCUGCUCAAAAGACCUAACCUCGAUCCUGACCUCAUGGUAAACUACCGACCGGUCUCCCACCUUCCGUUUAUUUCCAAAAUUCUCGAAAAAAUUGUUGCACAGCAGCUAAAUGAACACUUAGUGACUAACAAUCUCUGUGAACCU